AUGAGCUCACAUCCAUUCCUUGAUGAGUCUUACUAUCCAAAAUGGUCAACAAUGACUCCAGAUCAUGUUUUUGAUGAUGGUAAGUAUGCAAUUGAUCUUGCAAAUAAAGCAAUCGAUGAAAUUUCUCAACUUCCAGACGACCAAAUCACAUACGACAACACAUUCAGGCGUUUCGACAAGCUCUUCGCAGCAGUCAACACUUUCUCUAACAGAGUUUCGCAUUUGAUCGCUGUAAAGGAAACAACAGAACUUCGUGAGGCCUACGCCAAGAUUCUUCCAGUUCUUUCCGAAUUUGAGACAUCAGUUUACCUUAAUGAUAAGCUUUACAAGGUUCUUUCCAAAGAACAAGAAAAAUCUAAAGAACAAAAUUUGAACAAACAAGAAUUGCGCUUCAUUGACAACACAAUCAAAGAGUUCCAGCAGAAUGGUGCUGGUCUCUCUGAAGACAAGAAGAAACGCAUCUCAGAAAUCUCAGUUGAAUUAUCAACUUUGACAAAGAAGUUCUCUGAUAACGUUUUGGACUCCACAAAGGCUGGCGAAAUCUAUGUUACCAACCCAGAUGAUCUCAAAGGCCUUCCACAGUCCGCAAUUGACGCUGCAAAGGAAGAUGCAACAAACAAGGGCCAACCAGACAAAUGGCGCUUCAAUCUUCAAUACCCAUCAAGACUUCCAGUCAUGAUGCACGCAGAUUCCGAAGAACUCCGUAAGAAGAUGUACGAUUUGAAUCUUACAAUCGGCAGAGGCGGCCAAUACGAUAACGGCGAGCUUGUUAAGAAGAUCACGGCCCUCCGUGACGAAAAAGCCAAGCUCCUCGGCUUCAAGACAUGGGCAGAUUUAGUUCUUAACCGCAGAAUGGCCGAAAACGGCUCCAACGCCCUCAAAUUCGUCGAAGACUUACAUGACAAGUGCUAUUCCCAGUACAUGGAAGACAACGAAGCCCUUCUCAAGUAUGCGAAAUCGAAGAAUCCAGAUGUUGUCCUCAAACCAUGGAACACAGCCUACUGGGCCGAGCGCCAGAGGGUAGAACUCUACGAUUUCGACGAAGAGAAGCUCAAACCAUACUUCCCAGCCGAAAAAGUUCUCGAAGGAUUGUAUCAGAUCGUACAGAGGAUCUACGGCAUCGAUGUAAAGGAAGUCCCAACAUACGUAAGAGAGAAGGACGCCCCAGAAGUCGAAGGAAAAGUCGAAGUUUGGCAUCCAGAUGUCAAAGUCUUCGAAGUCUUCGAUUCCAACACCCAUCUUAAGUUCGGAGCCUUCUACGUCGAUCUCUAUCCACGUGAAGACAAGCACUCUGGCGGUUGGAUGUCAGAACUCCACAUUGGACAUCCAUCAGCAAAUGAUCCGAACUUGUCAACACUCAACUGCAACUUAAAUAAGUCUAUUGGUGGAAAGCCAGCACUUUUGUCCCACGACGAUGUCUCUACGAUCUUCCACGAGUUCGGACAUAAUCUUCAUUGUCUUUUCUACGAUGGAGAGAUCUCAUCCUUAUCAGGAAUGAGUGUCCCAUGGGAUUACGUAGAAUUGCCAUCCCAAUUCCACGAAAAUUACGUUUGGGAACGCGAAGCAUUAGAUUUAUUCGCAAAACACUGGGAAACAGGCGAAAAGAUCCCAGAUGACCUCUUCAACAAGAUGAUCGCAGCAAGGAACUACAGAAGUGCUACUUUCUUCGUCAGACAGUUGUAUUUCGGAAGAAUCGAUUUCGCAUUACACCAAGAAUACGAAAAAUACAAGGAUAUGGACCUCGACGCCAUCGAUGAUGUUGUUGCCGACAAAUACAGAAGCUUCUACGGCGAAAAGACCCAUACAAUGUAUUAUAAUUUCUCUCAUUUGUUCUCUUCCCCUGUUGCCUACUCUGCUGGCUACUACUCAUACAAGUGGGCAGAAGUCCUCGACGCAGACUGCUUCUCCAGGUUCCAGAAAGAGGGAAUCUUCAACAAGGAGACAGGAAUGUCGUUCAGAAGAGAAAUCCUUGAAAAGGGUAACUCAAUACCUGUUCAGGAAGAGUUUAGGAACUUCAUGGGAAGAGAUCCAUCUCAGGAAGCACUCUUGAAGAGAAGCGGAAUUAAAUAUUAA